AUAUUUAGUCCAUGUUCAAAGAGAUCAGGAGCAGCAGUAGAGAAGAAGACGUGGUCUUGGAGUGAGGAGUCAACAUGAGUUGCAUCUGGGCUAUAUGUUUGGUCCUCUGGGCUUUCAUAUUCACCUCCAACGCGAACGAGUACAGGGAGCGAGCACUUAGACUGAUGGCUGAGACUCCACUAAUAGAUGGACACAAUGACUUGCCGUGGCAGCUGAGAUCAAAAUUCAACAACCAGCUGAGCUCUACGGAUUUGUACACACUCAAUUCCACACAUACCAACAUCCCCAAAAUCAAAGAGGGUCGCCUUGCAGCACAGUUUUGGGCUGCAUAUGUUGCAUGUGACACCCAGUAUAAAGAUGCGGUGAGACAGACCUUGGAACAGAUUGACAUCAUUCACAGAAUGUGUCAGAAAUACCCAGAGGACUUCAUGUUUGCUGCCAGCAGUCAAGAUAUAAUGGAUGCCUUUGCCAAGAAUAAGACAGCUAGCCUGAUUGGGGUAGAAGGAGGUCACUCCAUAGACAGCAGCAUGGCCACACUGCGUACCAUGUACCAGCUGGGGGUUCGUUAUCUUACCCUCACACACAGCUGCAACACGCCCUGGGCGGAUAACUGGCGGGUGGAUACUGGGUCAGAUCCUGUGGAGCACAAUGGCCUGAGUGACUUUGGCAAGAGGCUGGUCUUGGAGAUGAACCGCAUGGGUAUGUUAGUGGACCUGGCUCACGUGCCAGAACAGGUGAUGAACCAGGUGCUGGACAUCUCCAAAGCACCAGUCAUCUUCAGCCAUUCCUCUGCCUUCAGUAUCUGCAAACACAAGAGGAACGUCCCCGACAAUGUCCUACUAAAAGUGAAAGAAAAGAAAGGGAUUGUUAUGGUGAAUUUCUACAAUGACUAUGUCACCUGUAGCACAAAGGCAACCCUCUCAGACGUGGCUGAUCACUUUGACCACAUCAAGAAUGUAGCUGGUGCCAGCAUAGUGGGAUUCGGGGGUGAUUAUGAUGGUGUGACCAGGGUCCCAACUGGUCUGGAGGAUGUCUCCAAGUAUCCUGACUUGGUGGCUGAACUGCUGAGACGUGGCUGGACAGAUGAUGAGAUCAAAGAUGCUCUGGGGAGGAAUCUGAUCCGAGUCUUUCAAGAUGUGGAGACGGUGAGAGACACACUGAGAAACACACCUCCAGAUGAUGUGCCCAUUCCUCUGGAGCAAGUCCAAAACUCCUGCAGAACAGAUUAUGGUUACCCAACCCAGAAAGGAGACUUGUGUUCACUACUCCAAAGAAGUCUGCGGGGAAAUUUUUCCAUACCUCCAAAGUUCAGUCUUAGAAGUUGAUCGCAUUUUCUGUUUCUUCCAUGUAAUUACAAACAUGUUCAUUUAUGCUGUGGUCAACCCACUGUGCUGAGAACUUUUAUUUGUUCAUUUAUUUGCUAUUUCAUUUUCUCAGUGACCGCUUCUAGACAGCUACAAAUGCUUUCGGGGUC